AUGGCAGAAAGUGUGCUUUAUAAACCAGACCAGUAUGACGACGCCUAUGCUUGCGACCCAGGCGUUCUGCACUUUCUCAGCACGGUGCUAAGCCAUUUACCUCCACAAUCCCAAGUUCUCGAUGUUGGAUGCGGGACUGGCAAACCAGUGGCUGAAACAUUGGCCGCUGCAGGCCAUUUCAUAACGGGGAUUGACAACGUGCACGCCAUGGUCGAGCUGAGCCAACAGCGGAUUCCCAAUGGUGUCUUCCAACUUUCUGACAUGCGUCAAUAUGUCCAUCCCACGGGGAAGCAGCUCGAUGCAGUGUUAAUGGUACGCUCUCUCUUUCGCCUGGGCAGGGAGGAGAUCGAAGAGACUGUGCGGAAGUAUGGAAGCCAGCUCCAUGGUGGCGGACUGAUAUGCAUUGCAACAAUGGCGGCCGAUGAUUUCAGCCCCGAUAAUAUACUCUCUGGAUAUGACCCUGACGGAUUGUGUGCAAGAGAGGUCAGAAAACGGUUUAUGGGCAAUCAAGUGACAAGUGCACUAUUCACUCGAGCAGGGUGGAAACAACUCCUGCAAAAGAAUGGCUUCGCUAUUGUGAAUCAAAAGAUGGAUGUGUUUGGACCACCUGACCGAAUUGACUCGGAUGCUUUACCAUAUUAUUAUAUUAUUGCUGAAAAGAUAUAG